AGUGAAUAAUAAAGUCUGGAUUUAGUACCUACAAUUACGUGCCCUCUUUUUCUGUUUUAACCCCUUCUGUCAGGAUUUACCUCAAGUGUAAGAAAAAUGCCAAGUGAAAUUAUGUUAUGUCUACAUCUAUAUUCCAAACACUAACUCCUGCAUUGAGAAACAAAGGCCAAAUGAAACUAAUGGAAGAAAAAAAGGGAUAAAAUAGGAAAACAUAGAACCUGCGAGAUAAAGGAAAGGAGUGUACGAGGAAACAUCCUCUAGUGCUCUUUUUGAAUCUUAAACACAAACAAAAGGAGACGAAGAUAUUUUUAUUAUAGUAUUGAUUAAUCGUUAAUUAAAUACUAAUUACUUUCAUUGUCACAUGAAUGAUUAAGAAGCUAGAAGAGGAAAACCCAUCAGAAUCCGUCCAGGUUAAACAAAUUCUGAUAAUCUUUAGUUGGUUUGGAUCGACUGAUGUUGUCAUGUAUUUCUUAAACUAUUUGAUUAUGCAAGAGGGCAGGUGGUCUUAUUUAAAGAUAAUAUAGAGUACAACUUACAUAUAUUUUUAUAUUCUUUUUAAGAUUAAUAUGGAAUUAUUAUAUAAUCAGAAAUUUGCAAUGUUCGUCAUCUGGGUCGUCAUCGCACAAUAUAUUUAUUAGCUAAAAAAGUAAGGACAAUUGUGGUGCCCAAAAGUGGAAAACAAAAGAAAAUCUUCUCCCAUUUGCAUCAUUAUAUUUAUUCUUAUUGAAAUUGUUAAUCAUAAUAACAAGCCUGUGAACCAGAGCAAUUGGACUUGGCUGACCAGUUUUCUUUUGUUUAAUAAUUUUAUGCUUUGCUGACACGUCUACUACUUUGUGACCACGUGAAUCUUACCCUUUCAUUUGUUUUUUAAUGCCAGUUAUUCCUCUUUUUUUUUUGCUUAAUCACUAAUCAUAAUUAAGUAAGUCCCACCGUACUAAUGCACUUUAAGCGGGAAAUCUUAAAAAAAAAAAGGCAACUAACUCCAAGGCAAAACCCUAACCCGCCCCUCGUCUCUCCAAUCACCAUCUCUCUAUUUUCAUCAUGAAAACCAAUUAAACAACAAGGCGUAGGGGUGUGAAUUGAACUUGAUCUCAUCGGUAUUCAAUCCGGCUUGAAUUGACCAAAAUGAGUAAAAGUUAGUGUUGAUGGAUUCGGUCUGAUGCAAAUUUAACUUGUUUUUUAAUUUGACGGGUUGAGUUUUGUCAAAACCUAGUUCGGUUUCCACCCAACAGAUACCAUUGAAGUUAAAUGACGUCAUUUAUCUAACCGAAACAAGACGAAUACUUUACAGAUGUUAUUAGUUUUUAUACCAAUAUAAACCUAAAAUAUGGAUAAUGUACGAGGGUCGACGAAGGGAGGGGAAGCCGAAACUGGGAAGUUUUGGUGGAGGGUGGCUGGGGUUUGGAGGGCGGAAGCGAAUUCGAUAUCGAAGGGUGGCUGGGGUUUGGAGGAGGAGGACGAAGAAGGAAGAAUUAGGGUUGGCUGGACGGGGUCUUUUUCGGUGAUGGGGAAUAGUGUCAUUUUUGGAUUGGGGAACGGCCUAACGGGGUCGUUGUUUGGAUCAGGAAACAACGUCAUUUUGGAUUUGUGAGUGGAGGUUGGUUAGUUUCGGUUAGCCGGUCCACCACGAUUAAUCACUAGUGGUUACUCGACUAACCGAAAAUCCUCUCCCCUCACAGAGCACCGACCGACCUAAAUAACCGUCGGUUUUUGGUUAGCUGCUAACUGACGGUUAUUGGUUAACACCAAUGGUUAGCCGCUAACCAAAAAUCGACCAGCCACCCUAGAUAUAUUUAUCGUGAAAAUUUUGAUAACAUUUAGAUGUGUGUAUCCAAAGAAAUAAUGUAUUGUUAUGUUCACGAACCUUUGAGUAUCCGUGCACCCGUACGCAUCCACACAUCCUUGGGAUUGAGUUUUCACUUCUAAAACCCAAUGGCUAUUUUAAAAAAAAAUUUCAAUACCAUUAGAUUGGUUUUAGGUUCAGAGAAACCCGAUCCAUUGUCGUCUCUAAACAAAUGUGUAUUUAUUUUCACUUUUUUAUUCUAAAUUUUUUCUCCAACUUUAAUUUUAUAUAAAAACAAACACACUUUUACACAGUUGGCUCAAAUUUGAGUAAAAAUCACUAUUCAAUUUAAACCUUAAACCUUAAUUAAAUUUAAAAUCUAUCUCACAAAAGAAUUUCACUUUAAAAAUUUAAUCUUAAAAUAAUAUAAUAAAUUCUAACCCUAAUAUUCAUUUAUCACUUUUUGUUCACUAUUUUAUUACUAGCUAAUAACCCGGCCCGUUGGCCGAAAUAUUUAUAUUUGAUUAUUUAUAUUUUCAUGUUACGUUUAAAUCUAUCAACCUGUUUAAUUUUAUUGACAAUCCUUCAAUCGAGAUACAUAAAGAAAGAAUAUAUAGAUCAAACAUUUGGAGAAAUAUAAAAAUGUAUCAUUGAUCUCAUUUUCAAAAUGAUAAUUAAGUCCCCGGUAAAAUGCUAUUUGUUAGUUGAUUGUCAAGAAAGAUAGAGUAUAAAAGCUCACUGAAAUUCCCUCACUAAAUCUUAAACCUCGCAAUCUUACAUAAAGAUUCAAUGCUCUCAUUUUAGAAACAAUAUGCCACUUAUAAAAAAGAAAUAAAGAGUUGUUGAUUCCAGUAAACUAUAUGCUAACAACUCAGCUAAGAGGGACAUCACAACUUGAGAGCAAACGCUAAAAUUAGGGUUACUUCCAAUAUACUAAUAUAUUCGAUCAAAAUAAUAAGGAACAAAAUUAGACACUUCUAUGACUGUCUUCCCAUACUCGCCCUUGAGUAAAUGGCUUUAUUGGUAAUAUGGUAUGAGCCAGCUGCUUUGGCUCUCUCGGGGGAGCUUUUAUCCUUUUGAUGGAGUUAUGUUUUAUGUCAUUUAAUUCUUAGGAAUGUACAGUAAAGUUUUGAAGGAACCCAAACAGAUAGAUGUUUCCUUUUGUUUCGGCCUUCGACUCUACUGGUCCAUCCUCUUCUUCCAUUGGCAUUUGGCAACUGGCACCAUAGAUAUUUUAGACGGGAAAAGGCAAGCUAAGAACAGAAAGCAAAAUGAGAGAGGGGAAUCCUAAAAAUGCCUUGUCUUAAGUGGGACCAUAAGUCCAUAACCAAUCCUUGUUUUCGUUGUUGCCCACUACUAGGGUGGCAAUGGGUCGGGUGCAGGUGGAUAGUACAUAUAAGAAAUCGGUAGAAAAUCAAAACUAUAUUUAUACCCGUUCGGAUUUGGUGUAUUCACGGUUAUUCAUGGGUAAUAAUUUCUCUUCAUAACUCAAACUAAUAUGUUAACAUUCAAAUGCAUUCUCACAUUACGUAAGAGAAAAAGUACGAUAAUAAUUUGCUAGAAUGAAGAAAAUUAAUUAAA